UCAUGCACUGGAUGUCAACGGGGGGAGAAUCCAACAUGGGGUCUCACGAACCAGGGUAGAAGAACCGAGGAACGAUCGAGUCCACAAGCUGGAACAGGAGCUAUUAAGCCAGCGUGAUCUUCGAUUCUGUCAGUGCCCAGAUAACCUUAUCUGUGAUCACCGAGGUUUCAAGACUCUGGCAAGCAUGGCUGUGGACAAUUUAACUCCAACCAACGCGCCUCCUCCGCAGGCGCAGGAGCCUGGGAAGUCGCUUCCCAUAAAAGCUUGGUACUACAAUCCCAGCGAUGCGCACCCAAGUCAUCCGCACCAGUAUUCUCCCAACCGAGAAGUGUCAACCGAUCAUCUACACAAGCUGGGAGUACUCACAUGGACACAAAUUGAAACAGAUCAGUUUGAGAAUAACAAAUUCUUGAACAAAAUCAAGACUGUUCGUGGUUACAACUACGAGGAAGUUUUGACUGUCGCCCCUGAGAACCUUCAAAACUUCGAAGAGAACACGAGGAGGUUUUUCAUGGAGCAUCUCCACGAUCAUGAAGAGAUCCGCUUCAUCCUUGACGGCGUGGGUUACGAGGACGUGAGAGAUUUCGAUGGAAAAUGGAUCCGAAUUGAGAUCAAGAAGGGAGACCUCAUCGUGUUGCCCCCAGGAAUGUACCACCGGUUCUCGCUCGACAGUAACCAAUUCCUUAAGGCGCUUCUGUUGUACCAAGGCAACCCCACCCGCAUCCAAUUUGAGAGAAACCCCGAGACCGACCUCAUGGAAGUGCGGCUGGACUACGUCCAAUCAGUACUGGAGGCGCAAAUGCUGCAUGCGGCGACGGAAGUGGAGGAAAAAGUCCUCGUCGAGGCAACUGAAGCUCUCGGCGCCAUCGCAGUAUGACCAUGUCCAGGAAAACCAUAACCGGAUUACUGUUCUCGCGAUUGGACCCCCCUCCGACUCAACUCUCCGGCCACACUUCGGUCAUCACGGCACUGUCUAGAUUCAUGUGUGGAUUGUCUCGCCGACGGUUCACUCCUGAACCAAGUUUAGCUGUCGUCUGUACAGUAGAUUCAUCUUCAUGGUGUUGUCAGCUACUCGAUCCUACUUGUUUUGUGUAUAUAUAUUAAGUUUUAAUAGCAUCGAGUUUUGCAGUCGCCGUGUGGUACAAUUUUUUCUGUUAAUUAGAUGUGGGUCAAAUAUAUAGUCUUAAUUAUUGUAUAAUUGAAGAUCUAAUUUUCUCACUUC